UGGCUUUUUGGCUGACAGUAGGUAAAGAAAUGUCAGUGAAAGUGCUUUAUCUAACAUGAAGUACUGUACAAAGGACAGUUUUUUAAGAAAGUUUAAUCCACACAUUUGAGUACAUAUUACAUGGUUGAUAAUAUUCUAGGUGCUGAGGUUACAAAGAUGAAUAAAGUCAAGAGAAUUCCAAACCCAAUCUUUUUAGAAACAAGCUUAUUGUAAUAAUUUAUGUAUCAUAAAAUUCACUCUCAAAGUAUACAAUUCAGUAGCUUUUAGUAUAUUUAGAGUUUUGCAACCAUUGCUACUGUCUAUUUUUAGCAGGCAAAUGAGUUUUUAAAUCAGCAUUUUAAGCUUUUUUUUCUUUUUGCCUUUAUUUCAAAGGUAAAUUUUCUUCUGCUUCUGCAAAUACAUGCUUAAGGGUGAUAUUAUAUGGACUCUCCUCUCAUCUAUAACUAUUCAUCAGUUAGGAAGCAGAUGGCAUUGGCUUCCUUCUAUUAAAACACUGCUGAGUGAUGUGACAUCUGUAAGAAUACAUGCAAAAAUCACUAAUAAUUUGAACAAAUAGGUUGUUCUGGAGGGAUCAUUUAAUACUGCACAAAUGUGAGCUUAGGAAAGAAAUACUCUUUUUUUUAAAACUGAAGUUGAUUGUUUUAUUAUGUUACUUAUUAUUUUUAUUAUGUUAAUUUCAGGUAUACAAAACAACAUAGUGAUUCAAUAUUUUUAUAGGGAAGAAGUAUUCUAAAGACCACUUAGUUUGUUGAGAUAACAGAAAUCCCAAGUUUAAAAUCAAAUUGUGCCAUGCUCACUCACCACCUGCUCAAAUAUAUAAAGUAACUUGGUUUCAGAGCCAUUUUGUGUCUUAGUUUUUUCCCAGAGAUUAGAUAAGGUUUUUAAUUUUUUAAAACAUUAGUGGGUCUGUAGGUUUUGUGAAAAUACUUUCAGUUAAUCUCUGGCCUCCCCAAAGCUCAAAAUGGUUAAACACCAAUCACUGCUUAAGUGGGUUGCUUGUAAACAAAGCCCAGAAUGAAACCCCUGUGUCUUUACUGCAGAUUCCCAGGUGCCUCUCAAGUGCAGGAAUAAGCUCAGAAAAGGUUUAAUAGGUUUAUUAAGUAGUCAUCCAUUAAAAGGCUCAUGUGCUACUUGUGUGUUGCAUCAGGACGGGUGCCUGCCUCCUUACUGCACUUAGCACUGAAAGAGGGUGAACCCUAGAAUUUAGACUCCCCAGUCAGCUCUUUAGGCAGAAGAAUUUUGUUAGGAAAAGCAAGGUUGCAGAGCUACAUAAAAGAUAUCAGUCAGAAGACAUCAGGCUAUUAGAUUUUCUCUGAUGUGUAAGAAGAACAUUUCUCAGGCUGAAGAGUGGAUUGUUUCACUUACUAUUGGGUCAGUUUUGUGGUGAUUCCUACCACCAACAAAAAUUGAUUCACAAUCGCUGAUGAUGGAAAGGAAAGUAAUAUUUAGCUAUAGCCUUAAUAUUCCUUAGCAGCUUGCCAGCAUGAUAACUGGCACAAAUUAUGACUUCUUGGUCAAAUCCAGCCUCAGUGAAGGUAGUAUUUAGUUCAUAUCUUGGAGAUGACCUGAAUUUUUAUAGUUUUGAUAGUAUGUUUAUUAUUUGUGGAAGGAAGGGGAUUGUGAGGGUAGAAAUAGUCUGUCCUGUAAUGGGAUUUGGCCUGUGUAUUAAUGGAAUGAACUGACCUUUCUUGCUGUACUUCCUCUGUCCUUGCUGAGAAGGGAGAAGGGAGGUUGAAUUUUCCUAGAGUUAUUGAUGAAGCUGGCCCACUGUAAGAGGAACUGUGGACUUUUGACCUUGGUGAUAAUGGAAGGUAUUAGGGGAAUUUGGAGAGGCCACAGGUUGGUAUAAGGACUAGAAAGAGUUGUGUUACAUUUUUGCCUCAAAAUAUUGUUACAUUUAAUAUACAAAUUAAAGCAGUAGUUUCUACUUUCUCAGUACUUUUAAAGUUUGUAUAAACCUAUGUAGUUUGACAUUGUUUUUUCCAAAGCAGUGCAUGGCCAUUUUCUUCAGGAGGCAAUUUUCUUUUCAUUUAUCAUGUGAAGUUUUGUUAGACUGAAAAAAAAAAUCUACCUCAUUUCACAGGUCUAUGCCUUUUCCUAUUAUAUAUCGAGCACCUUCCUCAUUUUUUUUCCUUUCAAAAAGUCUCACUUAAUGAAAACAAUUAAAUCAACUAGAAAUAUUAUGUUCUUCUUUGUUUUAACAAUUCUUAAACUAACUUUUAGUUUAGACUUAAUUAGUGAAAUGCAUCAGUGGCCUUCUGAUCCAUCACAUCUUUCUUUUACUUGCCUCUCAAAAACAUCAAAGAACACUAGUCCCUGUUUAAAAGGAAAACUUAAGUGUUUGGCUAAUUAUUUGCUGAUGAAUUAUUUUCUUAAAAGCAAAUUUUAAAUCCUUUGUAUUUCAGAAUCCCUUCGUCUCAAACACACACACGCACACACACAGAGUCUGACUAUUUGGUUAUUUUUCUGAAUCACUUUCAUAAAUACUCACUCUGGUAUGGCUAACCAGAAUUGUUGUGGAAUGAGGUUAGGGAAGAGGUCAUUCAAAGACAAACACCAAGGCUUUUGUUUUACUCAUAUAUUUGACUGCAUUUCUAAAAGAACUUUUAAAAGGAUGGCAUUCCUUUUAAAAUGUGGUUAUAACUCCUGAAACUGUGGGUACAAAUCUAGUUAAUAUUAAUAAUUUUCUCUCAUGCUUUAUGUGAUGUUUGUGUGUGCACAUGUGUGUGCGCACUCACACACAUGCACACGCCCUGCUCUGGAUUUGUCCUUUGGGGUUUAGUUUCUGUUCAUUACAUUUACAUCACCUCUUAGUCCAGAUGUUUUGUGAAGUUGGUCCUUGGUUUGGAUAUUCUAAAUUAUUUAUAAGGUAUGUGUUUACUACCAGCUGCCUUUUUGUUGCAACCAGCCCUAGAGUUCUUCCUUCCUUCCUUGAUGGAUGUUGAGGGUUUUUUUGAUCAUGGAAAUCACAGUUUAUCUCACUCUACAUUUUUGAGCAUCUGCCUCCCACUAUUACAGCUCUCAGGCACAGCACCUCAUUGAAAAACUUCAAAAACCUCUGUAACGACUGAGGGGCAGACCACUGGUCAGGCAACAUGAGCUCACUCUUAAUCUGUCUUAAUGAUUUAUGAAAUUAGCAUUCUUAAACUAUAACCCUGGUUUUUUGUAUAUUUUACAUCCUCUUUUCCGUAGUUUCAAUUCAAGGAUAACUUGCCUGCUUAGAACUCCCCGUUUAUCACAGAGAAAUCCCCUCUGAUUUCCCACAGGGCGAAGUAGUGUGGGUUGAUGCAUAUUGAGCUACUUCUGUGCUUAGUAUCAAAUUGUAGUCCUGUGGUAAAUGCUCAGAACUUUCCAAGAGGGGAAUCACAGUAAUGCAAACAUGCAGAGUAAAAAGACGUACCUUUAAUUUUAGGAUGUGUCCUCCACUAGGUAUGAUUCCGGCGUUUCAUAGGAUAGUGGAGAGAAUUUGUUGUGUUCUCUACUUUGUUGUCAGACAGUCACUCAGUUGCAUUUGACUCUUUGCAACCCCAUGGACUGCAGUACGCUAGGCUUCCCUGUCCUCCUCUACUUAGAAUCUUGAAUUUUAGAAAACGCCUGCUUCCUGCAGUUUUAGAGUGAGUUUUUGCCAGGAGAGUAGAAGGAGGUAGGAGAAGCCUUGUUAUAUAUGUAAACUAUUCUGUUUGUUUUAGACACUGGGCAUGCUCGUGUGCCAAGAAUUGAGGUGGAUCCAGGAGGUCUUCACCAGAGCCCUGCUGUCUGGCUUGGUCGUGCUAUUGCCCAGAAGAAAAGAUGUUUGGUUUUCACAAGCCAAAGAUGUACCGAAGUAUAGAGGGCUGCUGCAUUUGCAGAGCUAAAUCCUCCAGUUCUCGGUUCACUGACAGUAAACGCUAUGAAAAGGAUUUCCAGAGCUGUUUUGGGUUACAUGAGACUCGUUCAGGAGAUAUCUGUAAUGCCUGUGUCCUGCUUGUGAAAAGAUGGAAGAAAUUGCCAGCAGGAUCAAAAAAAAACUGGAAUCAUGUGGUAGAUGCAAGGGCAGGACCCAGUCUAAAGACUACACUGAAACCAAAGAAAGUGAAAACUCUAUCUGGAAACAGGAUAAAAAGUAACCAGAUCAGUAAACUGCAGAAGGAAUUUAAACGCCACAAUUCUGAUGCUCACAGUACAACCUCAAGUGCCUCUCCAGCUCAGUCUCCCUGUUACAGUAACCAGUCAGAUGAUGGCUCAGAUACAGAGAUGGCUUCUGGCUCCAACAGAACGCCAGUGUUUUCCUUUUUAGAUCUCACAUACUGGAAAAGACAGAAAAUAUGCUGUGGCAUUAUCUAUAAAGGCCGUUUUGGGGAAGUCCUCAUCGACACACAUCUAUUCAAGCCUUGCUGCAGCAAUAAGAAAGCAGCUGCUGAGAAGCCGGAGGAGCAGGGGCCAGAGCCUCUGCCCAUCUCCACUCAGGAGUGGUGACUAAGCUUUAUGUAGAAGGGGAGCAAAAAUGAUUUAAAUUUUGGAAAACAAAGCAACAAAAUGACCCUCCUAUUUUUAAUUUGGAUACCUGCUAUUCUGCCAAAAGAUGGAUUUGUAGAAUAGUUUUGAAUGGGUUAUUUUUCCUCCAGUUCCACAAACUCUGAAGCCAGUGAAGCUUACUAAGAGAUAAAAAAGAAGUGUACAUAAUAUUUAAGAUGCUGAGUAUUUCAUAGGAAAGCUGAAUGCUGCUGUAAAGUGCUCUUUAAGUCUUUUUUAAAAAUCCCCUUCUAAUGAAUGAAAUUAGGGGAAUUUUCAGGGGACAGAGAUGGGAUUUGUUGUAUGAUAAACGUAUGUAGUUUUAGUCUUUCUAUUUUGAGAAGCAGUGGUUGGGGCAUUUUUUAAGAUGGCUGGCUACACUUGUUUUCCUUCGUUAUAAUAAAUUUGUCAUAACUCAGUAAACAUGGACUUGCCCCUAGAGGUAGUUGUUAAUAACUGAAAUAUUAAGGUCUUGCCAAGGUUCUGGUGAUUCAAACCUGUACUACUGAAUAUUAAGCGGGACAGACAGCUCUCUGGUGCGAAUAUCUUGAAGGAGCAAUUUCUAAAUAGGCAGAGGUAACCUGACUGUAUAUGUUGCAUCCUGUGUCACCUCCCUCCAUAUUGAUAUUUGAUACAGAUUUUAAUUUAUAUGAAACUUAAAAAGCAGAAUCAAAACUUAAAGCAGAAUCAAAGUUCCUCUUGGGGAAAUGUCAAGUCUUUAGGAUAAGCAAUCCUAUAUGAAUAGUACCAAAGCAUUACCACUUGGUAGAGAACAUUCUCUAUUAAAAAUGUUAGAUUAUCUGAAAAAUAACAAUGUGCAAGUCUUUAGGAUGGCACAUGAAAACAACAAAGGUUAAUGCUUCUUGGGGCACAGUUCUUAGAGGGCUUGCAAGUGUGUAAAUAAUUUAUGUUACGUGACUGGUGACUUCACUGAAAAAUCUGCACAAUUCAGUUUUAGCUCUGGAUUACUUCAGUUGACCUUUGUGAAGGUUUUAUCUGUGUAGAAUGGUUGUUUGACUUGUUUUAACCUGUUAGGGUUUUGGGUUUGUUUUUUGUUUUUUUUUCAUUCUAUAUUAAAAUUCUACUAAAAGAAAAGAGGUGUGUGUUAAUGCUGAGUGGGUUGGUUUUGGUUUGGCUUCUUUUAGUCAGGCUUUCUGAACAUUGAGGUGUUAGAUGAUACAUCCUAAAUGUGGAGCUCUUCCAUUCUAAAACCUUCAUUAAAAGCCUUUUACUUGAACCCAAACCAAAGUACUAUCUAUUGCCUCUUUUCUAAAAGUACAGGAAAAAUAUAUCACCCGUUUUCAUAAUGAGGAAGGAUCGUUAGCCUCCCUGGUAAAACAUGACUCAGUGCUUAUUUUUAAAACUGGAUUUUAAAGAUUGGAUAGUAUACGUAACAAGAGAGUGAGCCACUUUUUAUGGGCACCCUAUAGUUUUAUAGUUUUUAAUCGAAACUUAAAAUUUUAUAUUUCUUCCUUUGGAAAAAACUACAAGCCACCAUAUGCACAGACUACACAGUGAGUUGGGUCAGUGCUCCCACAGACUUUGAGGUGUAUUACAAGAACCCCAGCCAUUAUCAUCUUCCUCCUGAGUUAUUUUGAAAUUUUUUUUGUACAUUUUGGCUGCAGUAUUGGUGGUAGAAUAUACUAUAAUAUGGAUCAUCUCUACUUCUGUAUUUAUUUAUUUAUUACUAGACCUCAACCACAGUCUUCUUUCCCCCUUCCACCUCUCUUUGCCUGUAGGAUGUACUGUAUGUAGUCAUGCACUUUGUAUUAAUAUAUUAGAAAUCUACAAAUCUGUUUUGUACUUUUUAUACUGUUGGAUACUUAUAAUCAAAACUUUUACUAGGGUAUUGAAUAAAUUUAGUCUUAUUAGAAAAUAAAA